AUGAGGAUAUCAGAAGGUGGGGCUACAAAAAUCCUCGAGUAUGACGAGGGUGGGUUCAAGGUAGGGACGAUCUUCGAGUCAUUCCACCAUCAGGCCAAGUCCCCAAUAUCAUCAAAGGCUUUGCUCGAUGGGUACUUCAUGUUAUGGCUAAAGAGGUUUGCCUGUCAAUUUGGGUAUAACCAGUUGUAUGUAGGGAACAUUAACCCUUAUUUGCAUUACGAAGGAGGGCUAGUGGACGGCAAAUUCGGGACAUUUGAUGCCCAAGCCCUGCCUCUUUUCACUCAGUUGGAACCUACCGAUGAGCAAGGGGUGUUUGAUGAGAUGGUCCAGUGGGAGACCGAGGCUGGCAGCUCAGGAGGGGAGGCGACUAAGAAAGUUCAUCACGAAGAGGCGGCAGAGACCACCAAAAUAGCAGAGGGCCAAGUCAUGGCUAUUCUUGAAUCGAUUCCGGGGGUAACUGCCUCUGUGACUGAGGCCACUAUGCCUGCUCCAGUCAUUGUAUCGGGGAUGAUCCCGUUAGCUUUGAAGGUCACCCCAUCGACACUUGUUGUGGGGCAGCAGGCGAGGAUACUACAUGCUCCACCAACUAUAUCGGGAGGCAUGGCGGAAGGGGCAAUCCCAAUUCUUUCCACCGAAGAGGAAGGAACAGAAGAUGAAGAGGAGCUUGACGAUUCAGGUGAGAGUGACAUUGAGCUUCAUCGAUCCGUUGAUGCUAACUCACUAGUUGAGACUUUUAUAGUGGUUGUUGCUGACACUUCUUCCAUAUUUGUAGCUGACUUGACGUUCAAAGCCACUGGUAAAGAGGAUCCUCCCUCUAGGACUGAUUGGUCGGCAGGGGAGGAAGAUGAAGGAGAGGAACAAGAGGACGAAGGAGAGGAUGCUUUGACCCACGGGGAGACGUCAAGCCAGGAGGAUGAGGCAUUGGCUCAUGAAGAAGUGCCAGCCCAGCAGUGGGAGGCCCCGAUUCCUGAGAAGACGUCGGAGAAGACGUCAUUGGAGACACGGCUGAAGGAGGAGCUGGAGCGCGUUAUCGCUGAGGAUGAGCAGGUGGACGAAGAGUGUCACAAGACCAAUUCUAGUAUAUCCAGCCUGACAGUGGAGAUAGCGAAAGUUAAACAAACCAUCACUGAGGCACAAACUAUCCUAGUUACUAAGGAGAAAGCCCGUGAACAGCUGAUGGAGCAAUUGGCAGAGCUCAAGUCUCGACAACGACUAGUCGCUGAUAAGAUCGAGGAGAGAGACCGAGCCCUCAAGGAGUCAGUUGCUACUUUAAUUGAUUCUGCAACCUACAAGUUACAACAACUUCACCAGGCUUUCUCUGAACUUGAAAGUCAUAGUGCCAUAUCCUUGAAUUUUAAGUGGAAAGAGCUUGAAGAACAUUUUCAUGGACUUGAGAACUCACUGAAGAAAAGAUUUGUUGAGUUGGAAGAUCAAGAAAAUGAAUAUGUAAGCAAGGUAUCAGAGACCCAGGAGAUGUUGGAGAAGAGGGAAGCUGUUGUUGUGGCCAAGGAGCUGACAUCACUGGAUAGACUGCAGGAGAAAAGGGAUUCUAUUCUAUCUGCUAUCUUUGAGAAGUACAAGAGCCCUCCUUUAGAGACAGUUUCUAAUGAUAUGAGCAAUGUCAUACCUGUGGCAACGGUUGAAACAUCAGAUAUCAAGGAUGACAAAGCUGAUAUGGAAGAUCUGCCUGCUGAAAAUGGUGAUGUAGACGUCAAAUUAAAUUCCCCUUUGGUGGACUUAUGUGAGCAAAUGGACGUGAAAGGUCUCCAUAAGUUCAUCUCUGACAACCGCAAGGAUCUGGCUUCCAUACGUGAGGAAAUUCCUAUUGCACUCAAAAGUGCAGCUAAUCCUUUCUGUCUGAUUUUGGAUUCCUUGAAAGAUUUUUACUCUGGAGAAAUUUUAGGAAUGGAUGGGAAGAAAGAUGCCAAUCUUUUGGGACUGCGUAGGACUUGUCUCAUGUUGAUGGAAUCUCUUAGCCAAUUACUGACAGUUGCUGGAGCGUGCUCUCUUUCUGAUGACAAAAUGCUUACCUUGGAUAUUAAAGAGCAGGCAAAGGUGAUUGCUAACGAAUGGAAGCCGAAAUUAGAUGCUCUCGACAUUGAUGGUAGCUGUGGAAACUCAUUGGAAGCACAUGCUUUUCUGCAACUUCUAGCCACCUUUGGAAUAUCUUCUGAAUAUGAUCAAGCAGAGAUCUGCAAACUGAUACCUGCUGUCUCUCGACGCCGUCAAACAGCUGACUUAUGCCGUUCACUUGGGUUGUCAGCAAAAAUGCCAGGUGUAAUUGAAUCACUGGUGAACAGUGGAAGACAAAUUGAGGGAGUUAAUUUGGCAUAUGCAUUUGAUCUAACUGAUCAAUUUUCUCCUGUGCCAUUACUGAAAUCAUACUUGAAGGAGGUGAGGAAAGCUUCUCAAGUCAAAGCUGGAAGCAUGUCUCCUGGUGCCCAGAAUGAAAUGAACGAACGAGAGCUCUCCGCCCUCAAAGCCAUCAUCAAAUGCAUCGAAGACCACAAGCUCGAGGACCAAUACCCUGCCGAUCCACUCCAGAAAAGGAUCCUCCAGCUCGAGAAAGCCAAAGCCGACAAAAGAAGGGCUGCUGAAGCUGCAAAGCCUCAAUCCAAAAGGCCUCGUGCCAAUGGCACCACUUACAAUCCUCGAGUCACUAGCUACCCUCCAGUGACCAACUACUCGCCAGAGAAGAGCUUCUACCGUACACCGGAAAGAUAUCCGUAUCCAUACGAGAGGCAAUACAUGUAUCAACCCGAAACUCAUCCUCCUCCGAUGAUGGCAUCAGCAACCUACACUAUUUCACCGACUCAUACUACAUAUUAUGGUAAUGGCUACCAAGUUCAGUACCAAGCCUCUUACAUACACUAAGUAGAGAAGGCACAACUGAUUGUGAUCUUUUCUGACUACUAGGGUUUUAACUGAGACUAAGCUCUUUCUGUUCUAUGUUUCUUAUGGUGUUGUAAUGUAUGGAGAAACUAAGUUGGAUUAAUUAGGAUGAUGUGUUUAAAAGCGCUGUGAAUUAUGUGAUCCUAGUCCUUUGACAUAAAAACUUAUGGUGUUUAGUAUCUUACUCUC